GGAACGUCGGAGAGCGACUCCGAGGACUACAAUUUGUGAAGGCGAAGAAUAGCUUCAUUCCGCCCAUCAACAUUACCAGGAAGAGUGGGAUUAAAGAUUAAUGCCCCACACACAGAAGACGCAGAAAGAGCGAAGUGCACCAUACAAAGCAACAACAACAAGUUCAGUUGUAAUAAAAGAGGAUACAUCAGCAAUGAAUCCAGGCGAGCAGCAACCACUUCAGAUGACAGGAUCGCAAAUUUUGAAGGAAGCUUCAAGAAUCAUGGACUUUGACGGCAGAGAUUUAUCAUCAUUCAUCAGGGAAGUUGACAUGAUCCUUCCUUUAUUCAACCCCAACCCAUCAAUGUUGGAAUUUGUAACGCAGCGACACGUCAAAACAAAAAUUAAAGGAGAAGCAGCAAGUGUCAUCCGGCCUUUGGGACCUACACCAACAUGGCAGCAAAUGAGAGAAGAACUCAUAAAGAAUUUUGGAGUAAAGGAGUCGUACCACACCCUUUACAAUCAGGCGAUUGUACUACGAAACUAUAACGUCAAAUACAUCUUCAAAAUAACAUUGAUGAUAGCAAUUGUAAUAAUUAGCAAUGCAGCCAAACUGGAAGUACAUGAAAUACAUACCGACAAUGGAUACGCAGAAAUCAUCACCAACACUAAACAGAUUGUUACAUCAUCUGACCUCGUAAUUCACAUAAUUGACCCUCGCGAAAUUCUUUACAUACUAAAUAAUAUAACAAAAAUCUCGCAAACAUAUUCACAUUUACAUUACUACACCCUAUCUAAUGAAAUUGAAAUCUUGAGAGGUAAAAUCAAAACAUUAAUCCCAAGAAAAGAAGUUAGUAGAAAAAAGAGAGGGUUAAUUAUCGAAAAAACAGCCCCAGGAGCAAAGAUGGAAAAGCAAAGAAUAACAUUCUUAUGCUGUUCAAAUGCGGAAGGAUCUCAUCAACUCAAGCUCCUUGUGAUAGGCAAGGCCAGAAACCCCCGUUGUUUUAAGGGGUUUGACUGCCCUGUUAAUUAUAGACAUUCAAAGUCCGCUUGGAUGACUGCCGCUAUCUUCAAAGAUUGGUUCCAUCGUUCAUUCAUACCUGAGGUAACGAAAUUUUUGACAAAAAAAGGUCUACCAGUUAAGGCUGUCCUUUUAAUUGAUAACGCUCCAUCGCAUCCACCUGAGGAUGAACUCAAAAGUGAAGACGGCUCUAUUUUAGCAAUGUUUAUGCCACCCAACGUCACCCCCCUUAUACAACCCACGGACCAAAAUGCAAUCAGGAUUACAAAACUUUAUGACAGAAACAGUCUUUUGGCUUCCGUUGCUGCAACAGGAUGUGACUUGCUAGAGUCUAUGAAGCAAAUUUCAUUUAAGGAUGCUAUUAUUGACCUUGAAUCUGCAUGGAAUAAAGUGGAUGAGGCUGUGCUAUCAAAAUGCUGGAACGAUGUUUUGAGUAUGCUUGAAAAUCAAGAAGAUCCUGAAGAUGAAAUUCCUUUGAAUAUCCUUCGAAUGAACUUGAAUAUGAAUGUGGGGGACUUGGAGGAGAGCGCAGCCAAUCUUUUACAAAACUUGAGACCUGAGGUUUGUUUUAUCAGAAACGUAAACUCAAAAAAGUUGUAUUUACUAUUUAUAUUCACUGCAGAUUGGAAUCAAUGCUUGCAACGGUAGAGAAUGGAAGGAGGAUGCUAUUGAAUUCAAUGAAAAUGAAAUACAAGAAAUAUCCGAUGAAGACGACUAUACUGUAGAGUCGCAAAAGACGAUUACAGCAAGAGAAGCUAUUGACAUAUUUAAUAAUGCUUUGGAAUGGGCUGAAAGUGAAAUGGUUGA